GCCGGCCGGCCUCGGGGUGUGCGGGCCUCCGAGCGGCCUCUGUAGGACGCUCGUAUAUACGUGUUGUCAUUGUGAAAAAAACAAGGAAGGAAGGAAGAAACCCGAAACCCACUGACUGGUAACGACAACCGUGUUGGUUAAAGUCUGCGUCAGCCUCUUCAUUUGGGCGCUACUGCAGUUUUAGAAUGGGAAAUAGGCUGCCGGCUUCUGUAGGAUUAUCUAAUGAUGCUGCUGUGAAUCAAAUACAGGAGAUUAUUUCUGACAACUGUGUCGUGAUUUUCUCGAAAACAACAUGCUUCUACUGCAAAAUGGCAAAAAAACUUUUUGAGGGUAUGAAUGUAAAUUACACAGCUGUAGAACUUGAUGUGAAUAAGAAUGGAAGUCAGUUCCAAGACAUUCUUGAACAGAUGACUGGUGGCAGAACAGUCCCAAGGGUGUUUGUCAAUGGGACUUUUGUUGGAGGUGCUACAGAUACUCAAAGGCUUCACGAGGAAGGCAAGUUGCUUCCAUUAGUUCAUCAGUGUCAAGUGAGAAGAAAAUCCUGAACAUCCAUCUAGCCCAGCUUAGUCCUGUUUGUUCUUAACCUCUUGCACAGUUAGAAUUUCAGACACGUUAAAAGGUCACAAAGGUAUGCUGCGAAGGUACCCCCAUCAGCUGGACUUAACAGGACAUCAAGAUACAGCUUUCUGAACCACAGAUCAUUUUCUGACACAGACUUCAUGGGCUUGGCAAAUUAUUCAGUCUCCUUGCCUCAGCUUUACCACAACCAAAAUAGCAAUACAAACCAUCAUCUACCUCUUGGGGCUCUUAAGUGAUGAUGUCUCAUAGUUGGUGUUUUUUAUUGCUAUUAUGUCCUGAUACUAUGCUUUGGAGAAGUAUAGAUUUGUGUGUCAGAAAAAAAAACUAUACCAGUGCAUGUGAAAUGAGUGAUGAUGAGACCUGCACUACUGUUUUCAACAAAACUUGUCUUGAAGAUCUUCUGCACAGUGCUAAAAAGUUCUGAACAAUUCUGUAUUUUAUGGUGCAAAUUAAUUUGCUUUCUAAUUUUGUUCUAACAUAGUUGCAAUAAAUGUCAAAGUUCAGUUUAAUAGUUCCUUUAAAUUUAUUUCUUCUCUGAAUGUCAAAGGUCAUCAUGAAAUACAAAGCAAAACAAGCUUGUAGUUAUGUUACUAUAUGUCAAGCCUGGUGUUAUUUUAUUCUGCAUGCUUGUACUAGUUUAGAAUCUUUUCCUUCUGCUAAAAGCAGUGUCUACAGUUAAACUUCUGAUGGUUUCAGGGGCAUAUGUAUAUUUUAAAUAGUAAUGGAAAUACCUGUUUUUACUCAAAAUAAAUUGUAAUGCCACUACCUUGCCACCAGCUGUUGUGCUGUAUUUAAAUUAUGGAAAUAAGCUAUUGCAAAUAUGGAAUUAGUCAGUGAGUGGGAUCUAAAGUGCUUCGGUCAUUUAUUUUAAUAGAGGAGAAUAGUACUACGGGAAAUAGGUUUACUUUUCUCUUGUAUAGUCACUGUUCAAGUAAGUGCAAAGUUACAGUAACUUUUAAGCAGUGCAUCUGACAACUACAUCAUUAAACUUUUACAUGGAGUUAAUCUUUCA